GUAAUGACAGGGUACUUAUCUACCGACCGGACGAACAAUUCCUGCACUUUAGAGACAUCUGCUGUGGGCCAAGAAUCCCACAGGUCCCCUGGAGCACAAGGGAAGCUCUUCAUGAGGCAGCGACUGGCAUCAAAGACAGAGCUUCUGGUAACGUCCGUACACCUGGGACAGCAGCACUGUCUUCUUCAGGUGCAGCUCAGCUCAGCUCCCAGUGGCGGAUGCUGGUGAGGGUGGAAGUGGUCAGUCAUACAUCUAGAAGACUUCAUGGAUGCUUCAACCAAGAUGACCACCUUCGUGGUGUGGGACUACGUGGUCUUUGCACUGAUGCUAUUGGUGUCGGCUGGAGUGGGGGUAUACUUCGCCCUGGCUGGGAAAGGGCAGCGCAACAGCCAGGACUUCCUAAUGGGGGGUCGGGACCUGACUGCCCUGCCGGUCGCCUUCUCCCUGACAGCCAGCUUCAUGUCCGCCAUAACUGUCCUGGCGACCCCCGCCGAAGUCUACCAGUAUGGAGCCAUUUAUGGGUUCUUUGGCAUCUCCUACAUGCUGGUGGUGGCUGUCUGUUCGGAAGUCUUCCUGCCAGUCUUCUACAGGCUUGGAAUCACCAGCAGUUAUGAGUACCUAGAGAUGCGCUUCAACAGGGGGGCUCGUCUGUGUGGGACGAUGAUAUUCAUACUGCAGACAGUGUCCUACACGGGGAUGGUCAUCUACGCACCCGCUCUUGCAUUAAACCAAGUCACUGGUUUUGAUUUGUGGGGUGCAGUGAUUGCCACAGGAAUAGUUUGCACCUUUUACUGCACUCUGGGUGGGCUGAAGGCAGUGGUCUGGACAGACGUCUUCCAGGUGGGCAUCAUGGUAGCCGGAUUGCUCUCCGUCAUUGUCCGAGCCACAUGGCAACAAGGAGGCUUCUUGGCCAUAAUUGACGACUCCCGACAUGGAGGGAGACUGAACUUUUGGAACUUUGAUCCCAGUCCGCUAAAGCGACACACCUUCUGGACCAUCACGUUCGGGGGAGCCGUUAUCUGGAUUAGCAUAUAUGGGGUCAAUCAGGCUCAAGUGCAGAGAUACAUAUCAUGCAAGUCCUUGAUCCAUGCUAAAAUGGCCCUCCUCCUGAACCUGGUGGGACUGUGGGUCAUCCUCCUGUGCUCGGUGUUCUCUGGACUGUGCCUGUACUCCAUCUACAAGAACUGUGACCCCUGGAAUGCAGGCUUGGUAUCGGCUCCCGAUCAGUUAAUGCCUUACAUGGUGCUGGAUAUCUUGAGGGACUUCCCUGGUCUCCCUGGGCUGUUUGUGGCUGCUGCCUACAGUGGAACACUGAGUACGGUUUCCUCCAGUAUAAAUGCCUUGACCGCAGUGACAGUGGAGGACCUGGUCAAGCCUCACUCCAGCAUAUCUGAGAGGACAUUAUCCUGGAUCUCCAAAGGGCUUAGUGUUGUGUUUGGGGUCAUAUGCAUUGGCAUGGCUGGCAUUGCGUCUGUGAUGGGGGGAAUUCUGCAGGCAGCUAUAAGUAUUUUGGGCAUCACAGGAGGGCCUCUCCUUGGUCUUUUCUCUUUGGGCAUUCUCUGCCCCUUUGCCAACUCUGUGGGAGCCCUGGUGGGCUUUUUAAGCGGCCUUGCCCUGUCUCUGUGGGUUGGGAUAGGAUCCCACUUGCACACCCCUUCAAUAAACUACAAGCAGCCACUGUACCUCAGCACAGAUGGCUGCAACCUUACCAUGACUGACGGGAGGCUAAACUGGACUUUAAGUGGAGAAGAGUCACCUCUCGUCUUGCAAGAGGAUCCAGAAUACAGGACUCACAUGGUCAACGAGUGGUACUCUCUGUCCUACCUGUACUUUAGCGUCGUGGGAACCAUCACAGUAAUGGCGGUCGGCAUUAUCGUUAGCCUGCUAACAGGAAGCAAGAAGCUGGCACCAGAAAUGACUCUGAAGAAGGAGGACUUGACCUGUUACUACUUGUAUAGCACCUUGAAACAGAAAAUUUCCCAGGCAAUGAAACGUACCAGUAAUCUGGACUUGAACAAGCAUAGUAAGAAAGACUUUGGAAGAAACAAUCCUGCUUUCUGCAGUUCUGAGCUGGACCUCUCUUCUCAAGUGCCAGUUGAUAGACGAGGCAGGUUUUCUCCCUGAAUUACAUCCAGCAGCCUUCUUUCAUGCCGCAAGACUACAGAACUCUCUUGCCGCCCUCUUUCUCUCUCUAUAUAUAUAUAUUUGGUAAAUAUACCGAAAAUGGUUGGCUUUUAACCUUACAUAUACCUAGUGUCAUUUUCAAUAGAUAAAAAAAUAGGACCCAUUGAGUCAAACGCCGCAGACAAAAUGACAAAAUGAAUAGAGUGUAAUGAUAUCAGUGGCUGACACAGCAGCACUCAUGCACACCCGUGUGCCACUUCUGGGAACAUAAGGUCGGCGUGUGAGCACUCAGUUGCACUAACCCUCCAGUCAUCUGCUAACUCUGUCUAAGUGUGUGUACUGUUGUCACAAGGAACACCAAACAUGUUUUAUUUCUCCAAAACUUUAUUAAACUUAGCAUAGUAAAACAGUUUACGUUAUGUAACAAUAAAUAUACAUUUAGUGAAUAUAUCAGUCUAUCCAAAGUAUUAAUGUACAUCGUAAAGAAAAAAUAACCAAAACUACAGGGGUUUACAGCUCUGGAAAAAAAAAUGAGGCCAUGCUAUAUUUUUUUUAAACUAACAGCAUUUUAAAAUCCUGGUUAAAUGCUGGUUCUGCCGGCUACACUGAGCGGCAGGUUAGGCUGAGGCAUUGGUACACAAGACCAGGGUGAAGCAGGAGACACUGGCAGUGACCAAAAAACCAGCCAGGUAGCGGGCAGAAGUGACUUUUUAAUGCCAGAGACGACUGUCAACUUAUCCGGCAGGGCCUCAUAAAUCGGAGGAUGACCUCAAGUGACCUUCAGAAGGAAUGGGAAACAGUGAGCGGUGUGAAGUGAACGGAGGGCUUUGCAGCAAGGCCGAAGUUCUUCAUCAAUGAGAAGCAGGAAACAUUUUACACAGGUGCACACCCAUAAAUUGAGAAAUGACUGAAACAAAAAUCUGUUGUGGUCUCUUAAUUUUUUCCAGAGCUGUAUAUUUAUUUCAUGUCUAUAGUUACUUUUUCACAUAUCAUACUUCUGUUUAUUGCUAUAAUUCUUUUUUUUUAUUAUUUCUAGUAAGUAAAGUAAUGCAAAUACAUUAUAAUCUGGUCUUUCUUUAGCCUGUUUACAUUUAUGUAAAUGAUAUUUGCCAUAUAUUAUGAAAAUAUUGGUAAGUAGAAUUAUAUUAGAAUAUUACAAUUCUGAUUAUUUUCAUAGUAAAUAUUUCCUUACGUAACAAUUUAAUAUUCAUUCCAGUCAUUCUUCUAAUGUAAUGUUUAAAAUCAAGCCAAGAAUGUCUUGUGUAAAUACAUCAAUGAAAUAAACAUUCAGUAAUUUC